AUGGCGUCCGCUCGACUUCACAACGGACCGGCCCCGUUCGCACCUGACGGCGGCCCGGCAUUCCUGGACCUGUCGGCGCACGUGGAGCACCACAUCGCCUACCACGACUUCCGGCUCUCGGAGCUCAGGGCGGCCGGCGGGCCCGCGGCCGGCUUCGCGCCGCUGCCGUCCUACCUGGACGCCGGGGCCGACGCCUUCUCGCCGCUGGCCGCCUGGGAGGGCUUCGCGCCCACCUACCACGCGCCCUUCGAGUUGGGCCCCUUCGGGCCGGCGGGCUCGGGCCGGCUGCCGGCCAUGACGGUGCAGCGGGGCUCCCAAGGCUCCCAAGGCUGCAAGGGCUCCGCCGCCGAGCAGAACGGCCUGUGCGCCGUGGCAACCCCCGCCGCCAAGGGCAAGCCCAGAAGGCGCGUGGCAACGGUGGCCCAGCGGAGGGCGGCAAACAUCCGCGAGCGCAGGAGGAUGUUCAACCUGAACAGCGCCUUCGACAAGCUGCGCAAGAAGGUGCCGACGUUUGCGUACGAAAAGCGCCUCUCGCGGAUCGAGACCCUCCGCCUGGCCAUCAUGUACAUCGCCUUCAUGAGCGAAGUGGUCGGCUGCCGGGAGGAGCCCAGCUGCGCCCAAGUGGCCGCCGUGCCGGGGCCCUUCACGGCCGGGGCCCACCUGGACGACGCGGCGGGCCUCUGGGGCCCCGGCCGCCCGCCCGCGCCCGGCGCCGACCCCCUGGCCCACCUCUGCUCGUCCCGGCAGGUGUGACCCCUGGCGCUGCUGGAGCCCGCCUACGUGUUCGCGCACCGGUGAACGCGGGGUUGCCAGCCGCCCGCCUGUCUGGCCGAGCACCGCCGGACCGACUACCUCCGUGGGACGGGGCCCGCGGUUCCCGCGCCUCGGUGCCGGACGCUCUGUGGGACCGCGAUCGGCCAACUGGGCCCGCUCUCGGAGCUCCGAGAGCACCGCCGGCCCCCGUUGGUCCGGCCCUCCCAUCGCGGGUCCAGCCUCCAGGAUGCCCUCGGACUGUCUCGUUCAGUGUCGGUCGCGAGAGCCGGACACGCGCCGAAUCACUGUUCCAGACAUAUUGUCGCUGUUCCCGCCGCUCCAUUUCACUUGCAGGUUGCCUUCGCUGGCAACUCAUGGAGUAGACAUCGCACUAAACAGAUGGCCUUCCAUCAUCUGCAGGUGAAACCCGCAAGAGUAGUCUUACGACACUGCUGGCAACCUUUUUUUCUUCUUUUUUUUUGAGACCGAUUAGAGAGCAAGAAAUAGAACCGUUUCGAGUCUAUGUGGUGCGCAAGUUCAUCUGCUUCAUGAGCAGGAGUUGCGGUGACUUGAGAACUCCGAAUUUUGAUUGGCUACGAUUGGAAGGAGAGUGGGUAGACCUCGAGGCAGCUAGCAUUCA